AUGCUAGGAGCAAAAUUCUUCAGAAUGAAGAUGGAGCCAGACGAGGUUUCAAGUCUGAGAAAGCAUAGAUUUGUUGGAACAGACAAUUCCAUCCUCGGAAGGUAUGUACUUCACCACUACACAAACUGGAUGCUGGAAAAGAUACCGGCAUUCGUGGCCCCAAACAUGCUGACACUUUGCGGGCUCAUUGCAAUGGUAGCAAGCCUGGCCCUAACCCUGGCAUUUGACCCUUGUUUGUGCAGCCCGCCAGCCUUCCUUUCCUUAGCAAACUUUCUUCUAAUGUUUGUGUACUUUACGUGCGACAACCUGGAUGGCGCCCAGGCUAGAAAAACGGGAUCCGGGUCCUCGCUGGGCCAGCUUUUUGACCACGGGGUGGACUCAUGCUGUGCCCUCAUCACAAGCAUAGCCCUCUCCUCCACAUUUGGAUUCGGCCUGUCUCCGAAGUUUCUGAUUUUCACCUUGGCCGUCAUGGUACAGUUCUACCUUGCUGGAAUUGAGGAGAAGUUCACCGGGCGCUUUGUUCUCGGGAGGAUAAGUGGAGCCUCUGAAGGCGUGGUGUUUGCCAUGGGGGCACACCUGGCCACCUUCUUAUGCGGCAAGAGGCUUUUCCGGCAUCUUUUUUCGGACAACUUUCUCUGGCCUGUCAAGAAGAUUUACUCCUCAAUACUGGGAACCGACAAUUUUAGUGCUGUUUCGGUAAUCAUUGGAACGGCCCUGGUCUUCAACACUGCAUCAACUCUGAUAUCAAUAGAGUUCAAAAUGCAUUUCCCUCGGAGGCUCCUGCUGUACUCCACCAUUCUGAGGGUCAUGUCGUUUGUCACCUCGUUUGUCAUCCUGCACAACACUCUCAGCACAGAAAGCCUAUGGAUACGGCACCUGAACAUCCUGAUGUUUGGGCAGAUAUUUUCGAUAAAGUACGUGAAUGAGGUAUGCUCCUACAUCAUCAGAAGAGACCCUUUUCUGUUCACGCCGCCGUACCUGAUGUAUCUCACGGUUUCUGCCGUCCUACAGCUGCAGUAUCUCAAGGAGUUCCGGGAAACACUUGUGGCCAUUUCUUUUCUCCUUUCUUCCAUGUACUAUCUCCUGGUGGCUCUGAGGAUAAUAAUCACAUUCAAGGAGGCCUUAGGAAUCAGCUUUCUGUCGAUUACAACAAGCGAUAAGUCCAAGGCCGGCGGAUAG